AUGUGCUGCGGGGGGGCGCGGCCCGGGGGCGUGUCCGGCGGCGUAUUCAUGUAUGCAGAUGAGCAGGUGCGGGCAGAGCGUUGCGGGACGGGCCGGGACAGGACGGGACAGGACGGGCCGGGCAGCGGGACGGGCACCGGCGGCGGGGCCAUGGCCACGGCCACGGCGGGGCCGCGGUCCUUCAGCGCCGCCGAGGUGCGGGCGCGCUGCGCGCAGGGCGCCUGCCUGGUCUCCUGCCACCGCCGCCUCUACGACCUGAGCGGCUUCGUGCGGCUGCACCCGGGCGGGGAGCAGCUCCUGCGGCGCCGGGCCGGCACCGACGUGAGCGCCGCGCUGGACGGGCCGCCCCACCGGCACUCGGCCAACGCCCGCCGCUGGCUGGAGCAGUACUACGUGGGGGAGAUUGAGCCCGCAGACGAGCAGAGCCCCUGUGAAACAGUGGAUGAGAAGGUGGUGGAUGCUGCGGCUCAGACCCCAGAGCAGACAGAUCUUUGCUACAAAACAGUGGAUGUGGAGAAGGACCUGGUAGACUGGCAGAAGCCCCUGCUGUGGCAGGUGGGCUACUUAGGGGAGAAGUAUGAUGAGUGGGUGCACCAGCCCGUGGAUCGGCCCAUCCGCCUCUUCCACUCGGACGUCCUUGAGUUCCUCUCCAAGACAGCAUGGUAUGUGGUGUUCAUGGUAUGGACGCCCGUGGUGCUCUAUCUCAGCUGGGUCAGCUACACCUCCCUCGCUCAGGGCAACACCCGGCUCUUCUCCUCCUUCACCACAGAGUACUCCAUCCCUGUCCACAAAUACUACUUCCCCUUCAUCUUCCUCCUGGGGAUGAUCCUGUGGUCCCUGCUAGAGUACCUCAUCCAUCGCUUUGUCUUCCACAUGAAGCCACCCGCUAGUAACUACUAUCUCAUCACCUUGCAUUUCCUGCUGCAUGGGCAGCAUCACAAGUCUCCCUUCGACAGCUCCCGCCUGGUCUUCCCUCCGGUGCCGGCCUCGCUGGUGAUCGGCUUCUUCUACGGCGUCCUGCGGCUCCUGCUGCCCGAGGUGCUGGGGCUCUCGGUGUUCGUCGGGGGGCUCUGCGGCUACGUCAUCUACGACAUGAUGCACUAUUACCUCCACUACGGCUCGCCCAAAAAAGGCACCUACCUGUACGGCCUGAAGGCUUACCACGUCAAGCACCACUUUGAGCACCAAAAAUCAGGCUUUGGCAUCAGCACACGCUUCUGGGAUUACCCCUUCCGGACACUCAUCCCUGAGGAGACCUUCAAGAAAGAGGACUGACAGCCCCGAGCCCGUGCCUGGCUCUGUCCCCGCUGGGCUGGGGCCGUGUCCCUGCCCGGCCCUCGGCGAGGGAGGGACACAUCCCACAGCGGUGGCUCCACCCUGGACCAUCGUCCCAGAGGGCUGGGCUGUGGUCCAGCUGUGGCACGGCCAAGGGGAUGGGGGACUGAGGAUCUGAAGAGGAGGAGGUUCUGGGACUCCCUGGGGGGCUCCUGCCCCUCCCUUGCCUCCCUCCCGCUCCAGGCCAUGGAUGCACAGGCAGAUCUGCUGCCUGAGAGAUGAAGUGCCUGGUGCUGCCCUCCGUCCUCUGCCCUGGCCCCUGAAGCUCCUGUUCCUCCCAGGGUGCUCUCUCUCUCUCUCUCCAGGACUGCAGUUAAUCCCAUCCCCUAACUCGUGCCAAGGGGAUUCCGUAUCCUGGGUCCUUCUCCUGGCCCGAUCUCAGCACAGGGUUUUCUUGGCCUGCAGCCCUUUUGGGGCAACCUGCAGGUCUGGACUGUGCCUUUUUCUAACCAGUGCACCCAUAUCUCUCUGCCAGAUUUAUCAAGUUCAUGGUUUUCAUAGACAUUGGCUACUUGAAACUCAAACUCCAAUGAGCAGAAUUACUACGAGAUGCCUUUUUUUUUUUCUUUUUGCUGAUCCUGUGAUUUUAUUUUUUAUUAUUUUUUUCCCUAAUGUUUACUGCAGAUAUUUAAAGGUUUGGAAUAAAUUUAUAUGUAAAACUUAGACACUACAAUUGUAAAUAAACUGUAUAUUUUGAAAA